CAACGUCAAACAGUGUCAUAACAAAAAAAAUAGUUUUUCACCAAAAAGGUGUUCCACUUCUAGGCAAGUGUUGUUUAGUUUUGGCUAGUUUGGCUCGGGGUAGGGCUUUUCCCGAAAAAGGGACCCGUCGGCAUCGAUCUGGUGGGGAUUGCAAUGAAACGGUCAAUUCAUUAGGCGAGAACGCUCGCAGUGAAGCUUCGGGGGUAGAAACAUCGAUCGCAGCAGGCAGGCAGGCGAUUACAUACCAGAGAAGCGCCCAGCCCCGUUGGACACGCUCUGAUUGCCAUCUACAGAAGGCGCAAGAGGCUAUUGGCAUCUGGCAACGACAGCGCCCAACAUUAAAACGAUCGACAAGCGCUGCAAGGCGCUACUAAUUCCACUUUCGACUGCAUCAGUCAAGCUUUGUGCGCACGAUGGACACCUCCACGCUGGAUCGCUCGUACGUAUCGGCUUACUUUGCCAAUCUGAACGAAAUUUCGAAAAAGAUUGCACUGGACAUCGACGAGAUACGCGGCGCGUACGAACACAUCUGGGAUGAUCUGAGCCGCGAGGAACAGAUGGAAAUCGUAAACGAAACCAUCAUCAAACCGGAGCUGGCAUUGAAAUACUUUGACAAUUUCUCCACAUCGACCGAUUCGCUGCAGCGAAUCCUCGGCACCGAUGACGACGAACCAAACUCCGGCGAGGAAGAUCGCAAUGCCAACCUGUACGAUGGUAAACGUUUGCAAACUUUCCAGUACGUGCGAACCGGGCGCAAGGUAGUGACGGACGACAGUGUCGGCCUGUACCGGGACGAACAUUCGGCACCGUUUGCACACAAAACGAAAAGCCAAAUAAACUUGACCAUCUUUCCACCGGAACGGGAUGGCAAGGACGGUGGAAAAGCGGUGGAUGCCAGUGCCAAAGCAGCGGGACUGCUUGCGAAAAAGUUGCUGCUCAAGUCACCGAAACUGGACGACGCAGGUGGCCCCGCAUUGGCAAAGGGAAACGGAGCGGCGGCACUGAUGAAAGGAUUGCCGCGGAAGGGGCGGGACGAGCCAAGCGCGAAAGAGCUGCCCGCGUACGACAGUGAGCAGAACAUCAUCCUGACCGAGGAAGCAUACGGUACGAAGGCAACCGGGGCAGGCUUUUUGAGCAAGUUCAACAAUCUCAUCUUUAACCAAGCACCGAUGGAAAUGACAACGGCGGCAUCGGCCGCCUCGAUCAACGGUAGCGACGAGAUCGAUGGUACGCUCGAGCAGGACGAGUUCGAUACGGACAAUGAUAAGGUAAACCUGUUCAGCAAGAGCUCCAAAACCGAGUGCCUUCACCGUGCGCCAUCCUCCUCGGUCGAGGAGGACGAUAAGAACUACGACGAGCUGAACAGCUUGCUGGGCAAUAGCAAAGGGUUUGAUUUUCUGAACAACUGGUAAAUGUACCGGUUUGCGUACGGCUUGCGUAGUCUUGCCUUGUAGCAUUAGCCACCACUCUCUACGGACAAGCCCUCUCUAGUCGCUAAUCGAUUUUGUUGUAGCUGUCGAUUUUGCCGUCGUCCCACGGAUAGGUUUCACGUUCGCGUUGAGAGCAGUUCGCGUUGACCGUAGAAUCUUUGUAGGAACCACAGCAGCUAAAACAUGCGCUCUCCACUAUUCUUUCUCUUCCAAUCGCACCAAAGCUGGCGAUUAUUGCCUUUCCGAUAGGUUUAGCAUAGGGUCAAGCAUUAUUUAUCCCCUUUAAACUACAUUCUAUCCCGUACGCACCACUGCAAAUACCCGAGAGCGAACGAACAAUAUCAAAUGAUUCCAGAACAGACUGAUGAUUACACCCCCCAUGCUCUCCACAACUUAAAAGAAAACGUUCGGAAGACCUCUCACCGGUAGAGUAGACUAAAUUGCCCCCGCCCGUUUAUAAGGGCGCCGCCUAGCAUGUGGAUAGUAUGGAAUGAAACCAAAAAAAACAAGAAUUUAGUACUGUGCGUCUUCUACAAACUUUCGUAGCGAACCCAUGGACAUCAUUUAAGAAGGCCAUUCUUACUGGAAAAGGUUAGGACUUAGGUGUAGGGUAUACAAGAGACAAAAACAAAACCGAGAACGGGUACACUCGCUCAAGAGUGUCUCUCGUAUGUUCUCGUAGCUCAUUCACUUGAAACAUAGAUCGCCGAUUCCAUUUAAAAAACAAAGCUCUAAUGCUACAAAACCAUCAUCCAUCGUUCAUCGAAGCAGAGAUAUCAGUAAACGGUAAUACCUCAUCUUCACAUGACAAGUUUAGCGCCUAGUGAUGAUAUUCGAACAAACAAAACAUACAAAAGCAGCAUGAUAAUAGCUACAUACACUCACAUUUUUGUAUACAACUUAUAUAUCAAAGCUCUUGUAGAAGGAGCGAAUAAAGCAUCAUUCAUACAAUUAAUUGAUGCAAAGAUGUUUAAGGCGCCCGAAA